CUCACCACUCCUGAAAUAGAAACAAUUAUUUCUUUCCCUAACCCUGUGCCAGAUCUUAAGGAGUGCUCAAGCUUUUCUCAUCUUUUCACCCCUUCUAAUUUAAAGAUCAGACAAUUUUCUUUUUCUUUCCUAACGUUGAAGUUGCAGGACAUUGUGAGGCUCCACAAGAAUUCCAGUAUUUCAGCAUGGGUUUAGUCUCUGGUGCUCCAGAAGAUGGUAGAAACUGGACACUACACCUAGAUGUUGCCUUAAGAUUCAGAAACCAGGAGCUCUCAUUCCUCACAUUCAAACUCCACCCAUUGUACCAGUCAUCCCAAAAAGCACCAGCAGGUCUCCCUGCAUAUAUAUAAAAGCAGGACACAUCAGGACACCCCUCACAGCGUGGUAUACAUUACCAGGCACAGCAUCUUACUGAAGCAGAGGAGUGUUAACAGGUAUCAGAAGCCACGAUGUCGGGUAAAAACUUCCAGGGACUGAAGGAACAGGCUGAAGGUGCAGCUAAAGAUGCUGCAAACACGUUGGGACGGGCUACUGAGGAUGCAGUCAACCAGAUUACAGGUGCAAGCCAGAAAGCUAUUGACAAGGCUUCCAAGGUGGCACAAGAUGGGGUAGAAAAAGCAACCGGACAUGCUGCAGAAGCAAUAUCUGGCCUUGGGAAAAAAUGUGGAUUUGAGAAAUGAUGCGAUUUUAAGCAAACAGUAUUGCAUAUAAAAAUAUCUCUUUGGUCUGCAAUUCCCUACUCCUUUGUGUUUGGUAUCUGGAUAAUUUCUCUCUCUUUGAAUACAACGUUUUAAGGCAGAAGGCCCUCCUCAUCUUUUAUACGGGGAAAAAUACAUCUUUUAGCACAUCUGCUAACAAUCUUCAACAUUGCUUAUAAGGCUUCAGCAACACUAUUGCCCUUCUCUUACGACAGCACAAUUAUUAUUGCCACAUUUCCUGACUGUAUUUACAAAUCCAAUGAAAUUGUUCAUACUCCAGGACACCAGAACAUUGGUAUGAUGAAACUAAGUUUCCUUCCAAUAAUCAGAAGUUACGCUGGGGUUGUAUUUCUUUUCAGCUUUUUGUUUAUUCCAAUCUGCUGUGUUUUCAGAUUAAGAUAAAUAAAAGGUGGUGUAUCCACCAGCCAGAAAUGUA